GACAGAAUAUUUGGUCGUAGUCAUCCCUGUGUUGCAGACUUGUAUACCAGCAUUGGUAAAAUAUACGAUGAUCAGAAAAAGUACAGUCAAGCGUUAAACAACUACAAAACGGCUCUUGAAAUAUGCAAGCAUGUAUAUGACGAUAAUCAUCCUAAUGUUGCUCAGUUAUAUGCUAGCUUAGCAAGUAUAUACUACAAACAAGGUAAGCACAAGCAGGCUCUUUCUAUGUUUGAAAAAUCGAUAAAAAUGGUCAAGCAAGUACAUGGCGAAAAUCAUGCGGAUAUAGCUGUUUGGUACCAAAACAUAGCAUUAGUGCUUCUAAAUCAGGCAAAGUAUGAUCAAGCCAUAACAAUGUAUAAUCAGGCUAUCAAAGUUUUACGUAAUCUUUUCGGUGAAAGUCAUCCUGAUAUUACCCAAAUCAAUAGCAAGAUAGCCGAUAUAAAUUAUCAACGAUAUCAAUCCGAUAUUGCUGUUCCAACGAAAGAAAGUGGUAAGAUAGUUGUAAGAUGA